AUGAUCGCUUCCAACCCACAACCUUUCUACACCCUUGCAGAAGGAACUCCUUUACCACGCAAUGAUACUUCAGUUCAAGUACGCAACAAGAAUGGCGGCGGCUUGGUUCUACUUCAAGAUACUCAGUUAAUUGAGACGCUCGCUCAUUUCUCCAGAGAAAGGAUCCCUGAGCGAGUAGUCCACGCCAAAGCCGCAGGUGCUCGCGGCUACUUCGAAGUCACACAUGACAUCUCUGAUAUUACCGAUGCCGACUUUCUAAACGGCAUUGGAAAACGCUCCGAACUCCUCACAAGAAUCUCGACCGUCGGAGCAGAGUCUGGAUCUGCCGAUACUGUUCGAGAUGUCCAUGGCUGGGCUAUCAAGAUAAAAACCAAUGAGGGUAAUAACGACUGGGUGUUCAACAACCAACCAGUCUUUUUCAUUCGAGAUCCGAUCAAGUUUCCCUCGGUGAAUCGCUCUCAUAAACGCCAUCCUGCCACCCAUUCCACUGACGCAGAUAUGUUUUGGGACUUUCAUGUCAAUGCCCCCGAAUCAGCCCAUCUACUCAUGUUUCUCUUCGGCGACCGCGGUACCCCAGCAUCACUCAGAAAUAUCAACGGAUACUCCGGCCACACUUACAAGUGGACCAAGAAAGACGGUAGUUUCCACUACGUCAAGAUCCACAUUCAUGCAGACGCCGGCAUCAAAACCAUCACCGACGAAGAAUCAAUCCGUCUCGCUGGCGAAAGCCCCGAUUAUCUCACCCUCGAUCUCUACAACGCCAUCGAAUCCGGCAAUUUCCCCUCCUAUACCGUGUCAAUCCAAACCAUACACCCUAAAGACAUCGCCUCGUGUCCCGUCAAUAUCUUCGACAUGACCAAAAUCUGGCCCCACAGUCUCUACCCUUUACGACCUGUUGGAAAGAUGGUUUUCGACACGAACCCAAGAAAUUACUUUGCUGAAAUCGAACAAGCCGCCUUCUCCCCCUCUACUAUGGUGCCUGGAAUCGAGGCUUCUGCUGACCCUAUGCUUCAAGCCCGAAUGUUCGCCUACCCCGAUGCUCAGAGAUAUCGACUCGGAGUCAAUUAUCAACAACUUCCGACCAAUGCCGCCAAAUCACCGAUAUAUAUCCCUACAGAACGGGAUGGUGCAUUUACAUAUGGUUUGAACUAUGGCGACGAUCCAAAUUAUCUCAACACUGCUAUCGAACCUAUUUCAUUUCAUGACACGUCUGCAUCGCAAUACAAACCGACUGAGGAGUCAUUACAUGGACCGAUUGUAUUCACAAGUGAAGUCACAGACGAGGAUUUCAAACAACCGAGGGCGUUGUGGAAUGACGUGCUCAGCAAAGAUGAACAGGAUCGAUUCAUUCAUAACAUCUCGAGGAAUAUCGCUGGUGUCAAGAGAGAUUGGCUUAGGGAGAAGGUAUAUGAAUUAUUCCGCAAAGUCGACAAGUCUCUGGGCGAUAGAAUCGAGGAGGCCGUUCGUGCUUUGCUGGAAGAGACAAAAGCAUAAGAUGUGAGUCUAGUGUAGAACUGAUCUGUAGUGAUACAUAUACUCAAUAUGGAGGAAGAUAUAAUCACCAAAAACACAGCAUGAUAUAUCAAAGGAGGAAUUGG